AGGUUAAUUAAACUCGUUCUUUAACCCAAGGUAUACGAUGCCAAUAGGAAAUAUUAAUAAAAGAGCUAAUGAAUCAUUUAUGAACAAUCUCGAAUAAUAAAUAGUUUAAGAAUAACAAAAAAUAAACCGAAAAAGCCAGCGACGAUAUUGACAGUUGUUCCCGCAACUGAAACAAUGGUUGAAUUUAAAAAAAAACCAUAAGAGCCAAUAGCGUCGUAGCAUCAAGAGAAUUAACCAAUGGCGCGUAAAUACCGCGAAAAACCCUGUCGUCGUCAAAACUACGAAUUCAUCGAUCAGUGACUGCGCGCCUUGCGAACUGCGAGGUAUCCUUUUCGAAUUUUCCACCAUUUUCCAGGAUUUCGCACGCGAGGUGUAGCACGCCCACCACGUCAGCUCCAGUUAGCUCGUGUAUUGAUACAGAAAAUCGUGAUACAUCUCUUUAAAAAAACUAGAGCCAGAAAAAUAAUACGAAAUAACGAGCAAACGGGGUGUAAAGCAUUAAGCACAAACAAUAAAAACUUUUCCCUGAGGAUAUCGCGUGAAAAUAUAUUUUGUUGCUAUGAGAUUUGAAAAAGACGUAAAACCAGGAGAUUUAAUACAGAUAAUACAAAAAUUGAGAUCCCAUCGCGUUAUAAAUAAACACAAAAUUGUUGCGUAGAUGAAGACUAUUUUUUUAACCGUAACUUAUAAAGCUUCACAAACGUUUCAUAAAUUUCACACCGAGAGGAGACGUAGAUCAUCCAUGUGUUUAUCAACAUUUUCACAUAAUUUUCAUGCUCAAUCUGAUGCAUAUAUAUGAUUUUAUAAUUUUCAAAAAAUUUGAUGAGUUGCAAGCUAUGCAUUAAAUUUAUUCGAUCGAGCAAUUGUUGGCGUAAUUUUACGGAAUAUUGCUUUCUUUAAUGAAUAAAUUAAUCUUGAGCUGUUAAACAGCAUAAAUUUCUCCUCGCUUUUUCAUCGAGAGGGUGGCAAAAUAUUUUUAUUCCACAAACAUUUAUAUCUGAUAAUAAUGGAUCACAUAAGCGAAUUUGAUAUAAGACUCGAGAAAGAAGCGUACUAUGCUGGUGAAAUGAUUCACGGUCACGUAAUUCUGCAUACUAACGAGAAUUUCAAACUAAGGUCCAUAAGGAUGUCCCUGCGUGGUCAAGCUCAUGCAGAGUGGAAAGUACUGGUAAGUGGAGACCGAAGAAAUGUAAAGGAUGAUCAGUACUUUGUAGACGAAAGACUGUUGAUAUGGGGUAAUGAUUCCUCAGAGGGUCCCAUUCCUAUUUUACCUCGAGGGAAGCAUCAAUUUCCCUUUAGAUUCAAUUUACCUGAAAGCGCAUUACCAUGUAGUUUUGAAUCUCGUACUGGCUAUGUCAGAUACUACGUUAAAGCUACUGUUGAUAGACCCUACGCAAGCCCUCCACAGGGCUUAAAGUACUUUACACUUAUUGGACCACACAUAGAUUGUAUGGACGAGCAGUACCUCAAACCAAUGAUAGGUACUGAGGUCCAUGCUUCAUGUUGUUUCUGUUGUCGAAGAAAUCCUGUUGAAUUAAAUGCACAGCUAGAAAGAUGCGCUUACGUAUGUGGAGAAAGUAUAAAGCUCAGAGCAGCUAUUGAUAAUCGUAGCCUCGAGAAAGCUUGGCUACAAGUGAAACUUACUCAGUACGUCGAGUUUUUUAUUGAUCGUGGGGUUCUGGGUACUAGUAGAGAGCAGCAAAAAACUGUUUUGGAAUAUAAAGGUGAACCUGUGACACCUGGUGCAGCUAUGAAAUGGGACUCUGCAAAGACUAUGAUACUACCAGUUUGCCCACCAACUCUAAUAGGAGUCUGCCGACUGAUACAAAUAUACUAUGUCCUGAAGGUCUGCGUAGAGCUUGAAAAAUCAGGAGAAGACUUACAGAUGCAUUUUCCAAUAACAGUAGCUACAGUACCAUUUAGGAUACCCAACAUAAUAAAACAGCCCCAGAUAAAAUAUGAAGUUGCUGCGGAGCAUGUAGAAGGUGGCUGUUACGUGGGCCCAGAAUUCCUCCUAGGUCAAGUGUACGAUGGAACCGACCUAGCUCAGCCACCUUUAAUCCUCUACAGGCCUGUCUACGUAUGCGUGGCUACAGACCGAAGACAUCAGGAUCACUAACGAAGGUGGAACACCAAGGUGCUCUCUUCCAGGUAAACAAGCAUCAGGGUAACGAGUAAAGGAAUAUAAAGUAUAGAGAACCGAAAAUCAUGGUAUGUUUUGACACUUAAUUUUUAAUGCCAAAGAGCAAAUCACGGUCAAUCUUAAAGCUAUUCCAUUAGGAUACUUUUAGACUGAUCAGCUAAAUAUUUGAUAUAUAUUAUAUAUAUGUGACAAACGGAUGCAGAAGGGAAGUGAUGAAAUGCAAAAAAAAAAGGAAAAGAUCAACGAAAUGAGCAAAAUAACAUAUGAAUGUAUGUACACGAAGUAUUAGAGCUACCGGGUGUCGCCUUGUGGAUUAUGACUUAUUGUUAGCAAAAAGAUAUACUUUCACGGUGACAAUACAAUGAGAAUUAAAAAAAAAUGAAUACCCAGAAAGCUAUAGGAUGAAAUAGAAAACUAUAUUUCCUUACGUCAUCCGGGUUUGCUGUUAUAUUCUAUUAUAUGUAUACAUACGUACGUGUGUACUCGGGUGAGAUAAAUCUUGGAUCCUGAGAAAGUUACAUAAGACAGAAAGAGUGAAACACCCGUUAGAAUGUUUAUAUUUGUUGAUUAUACCUGUCGAUUUAACCUGGUGAAAACUGUACGAUUUCCUAGUUGCUCAGGCCGGGAACGUAUGGUCGACGAAUACAUUCUUAGUCAAUUACCUUGUAUGUGAGAUGAAGGAACCAAGAUAGUAGAGAGAUAAAGAGCACGAAAAAGAAUAUAGAAGUACAGAACCGCCGGGAUAAACCGAAAAGGAAUGACAUUAAUCGCAUGCGAAUUAUGAAUGUUAAAAGUAAGAGUUUUCACGACUGUGUUGUCUUGUACGUUGCCAAAAAAUAUUAUAAAAAAGCUGUAAAACACAAAGGAUAAAAAGAAUGUUGAGAGUAA